AGGAAGCGGCAAAUCGCUGGACAGACAACAUUUUUACAAUUCAGUCUCAUUGUGUUGACAAGUUCGGUAUUGAGAAAUCAGAAUUCAAUCGAAACUUUGGUAUUAGUGAUGAAUUUGAUAAUAUUCAAUGAGCCAAUAAAAAGAAAGUACUGGACCACCCAGCAGACGAAACAAAAAAAAUUGACAGCGUCAAUGGUCACAUUUUUUUUUUUUCCAGUCAUUUUGGGGCCUGUCCAACAAGCAGACACAGGGCAGUGGUUGUUUGUUCGCUCUUUUUACCUCAUGCCUCAGUUCGCAGCCCAGAGACGUUCAAUAUUCACAAACUUCCCUAUACCCUUUGAACAUCCCUAUACCGUUCCCGUUCUCAUUGCCGCAUUAUCCACCUCUUCUCUAAUUUAUUAUUAUCUGUCUGCAUCCCAUGACGCCGAACUUCGUAAUGCUCAAAGACGAAGGGAUUUGCAAAAACGCAAAUCUAUGAAGAGACCGGAAGACAGAUUCGCUUCAAUGAAGCACAAUGGUCACUAUGUAAAUCCGUUUGAAGAAUGGCAAGACGUCACUGUGUAUGAAACUAUAGUACAUUGGAUUGCCCGUUUGAAAGGAAACGGUAUUCCGUAUGAUCGAAAGAAAUUGGAAGAAGCACUACCUGUCAAGACUCCAGAUCUGGAACUCAUAAAGGCGGCAAAUGCAAAGGACAGUAGCCGUCAGAUGACGGAAUCUUGGGUGGAAGUGGAAAAAGAUAGCAGCUCCACUUCUCAGAGAAAAACGACAAUCACUUGGUUCGGGCAAUCGACAUGUAUUGUCACUUUGGACGGAUUGACCAUCCUUACGGAUCCAGUUUUCAGCGCAAGGUCUGUUAACGACUAUGUUGGACCAAAGCGUUUGAGAACUGUGCCAGGUAGCAUCAAAGACUACAAAGGCAUCAUCGACAUUGUACUGGUUUCCCACGAUCAUUUUGAUCAUCUUGACGAACAAGUUGUACGUGAACUCAAUAAUACGGUCACCUGGUAUAUCCCUCUAGGCUUACGAGAUUGGUUUGUGAGAAGAGGUGUUUUAAAUGUCAUUGAACUGGAUUGGUGGCAAGAAAUCCAUCACAAAGAACGACCAGAUGUCGUAAUUGCUGCUGUUCCAGCCAUGCAUUGGAGCGGAUCGAGAAUUCCAUUCGACAAAAACACAUCUCUUUGGUCCAGUUUUGUCGUCAAGUCACCAAAUGGGUCCUUUUUCUUCUGUGGUGAUACCGGUUAUUCGGAUGAAUUGUUUUCAGUCAUUGGGAAAUUGUAUGCUCCAUUCAGCCUAGCAGCAUUCCCUAUCGGUAGUUACGAACCACGAAGAUUGAUGAAGCAUGUUCAUAUGGGACCCGACGAAGCUGUCAAAGCUCAUAACGAUCUAGGUCGGCCAACUCUUUCCGUCGGCAUCCACUGGGGAACCUUCAUGAUGUCAGAUGAGCAUUAUUUGGAUCCCCCAAAGAAGCUGAAAGAAGCAUGGCUUGAAAGUGAGGCUAACCAUCAGCCUGUAGAUGCCAAUAGAAAAAGCCAGUUUAUUACCACUGCUUUUGGCGAAACCGUACUUGUAGAAAAUUAAUCUGAAUUCAAAAUUGAUGGCCAGGAAGACAUUCGGUAUAACAAGAGCCUCUUUAAGCCCUCCCAUGCCUUUUGCUUUUUGAAGAAGAAAAAUUGUAGCAACGGUAGACAAACCCAAGGGGAAAAAAAAGAAAAUUACAAAAAAAGCUGUGAGGU